GAUGACGGUUCACUUCCUGCUGUACAGCGUGAAAUCAAUAACCUAACCUGCAGCAGCGAAAGUAGGAAGAGAGGAGAAACCGAAAAACCUGGCUGCAAAGUAGGGGUCCUACUGAAUGAACCCUCAGCAACCAAAUGGUGGAGUUGAUACUUGGAUGACAUGAGAAGAGGAGGCAGGCGGUUAACAGUCGAUCACAUUUCCACUCUGCACUGACAAGAGCAGGACGUAAAAAUGGUGCACGUCUACAACUGCCAUCCUUUCUCCUCGCAGCAGAUAGUACAGGUGGAGCAGGAGCCUGGGCUGGUCUGCUGUGGAGGUGGAGCCCUGUUUGUCGUUGCUACUGGAGGAUGCAAGGUGGAGGCCUACAGCGUGGUGCAGGAGGGCUGCCCUCUCAUCUGCCGCUUUGCCACCAUGGGCGCCGUGAGGAAGAUCCAACACAGCAAGAUCGGAGAUUACCUGGUGACCAUCGAAGAAAAGAACAGCGCCACCUACCUGAGAGCCUACACCAACUGGCGCUACCAGGCAGAGGAGAAGGCCCGUGUCGGGGUGCGUUUGCUGGGACACCUGCUGCGUGGGGCGUCUGUGCGGGGCGGGGUGCAGAUGGAGAUCAUUGAGAUCCCUCUGUCGGAGCGUCCUGUGGCUGUGGCGUGCUGCUCUGUAACAGGAGACCUGCUGGUCGGCUGUGAGAACACUCUGGUUCUGUUCACUUUGAGGAGGCAGAACCAGCAGAGCCUGCAGAGUCAGAGUCAGCAGAUCGUUCAGAGCACCUGGCCGAACACUCAGCAGAGCUCCAGUCAGAGUCAAGGUCAGACCUCAACUUCAAACCAGAACAUUUCCAUCCUGGACUUUGAGCGCUCAGUCAUCCUGCAUCUUCCAAUAAUCAAGCCGAAGCAGGUGUCACUGUGUGCUGGAUACGUGGCGGUGCGGACGGAGCUGGAGGUUCUCGUCCUGAAGCUGGACGCAUCCUCAGAAAAUCAAACGCUGGAUGAAUCUGCAGAAUCAAUAGAACCUCCAGAAGACCAGGCUGACUUCCUGGUCGUUUCCAUACACCAGGAGUUGCUCGGUGAACGAGCUAAAGACUGUGACAUCCCUGUGAGCAUUGAAAAGACCGGGCUGGAGGACAGAGGACAGUACACACUAACAUAUAUUCUCUUCAGACGUUUCAGUCCGGACUACUUUCAGGGCUGCAGCGAGGACGAGACUCACCUCCACUCCCUACAGCUCUACCCACUGUUCACAAGUAACCAAUCCGAGACUCUGGAGGAACCAGCCUGCGUCUUCUGCUUCUUCUCCCUCCCCACCGCCGGCUACCUGUACAGUCUGAAGGGCGGUGUUGAGCUUCUCUCGGCCUAUCAGUAUCCAGAGAAGGUCCAGGAGGCGGUGCUGACUGACCACCUGUUGCACGUCAUCACAAAAAAUGCGUUGCAGUGUUUCACAGUGCGCUUGGCUGCAGUUGCAGCCCGAAUUGACGACCCUUACAUCGAUACCACCAUGAAGGCCUGCCCACCUUCCAACCUGGAGGUGUGUGCGCUCAGGAUGCAGCUGUUCAUCGGUCUGCGCUCGGUGUGUGUUUACCGCCGCCAUGUCAUCCUGCUCUCCACCGCUGACGCAGAGACGUCAGAGGAGACGGAACGCAACACACAGCGCAGAGGCCUGAGCAGGAAGUGGCCGUUGUCCUCUUCCAAAGGAAUUAGCGCGUCAGGACAUGGAUGGAAUAUCUACGUGGUCGACACCGUGUCCCCGCUCACACUUUACCAAGAGAUGGUUGAAUACAGCCAGAGGUAUGCAGAGUCAAACCCACAGGCACAAAGCCUCCGUCACCUCCUCAGUGAAGCUCACCUCCUCCUCCGCGCCGCUCUACUCCAAAACUCAGAGCUGCUGCAGGACAGCGAGGACUACCUGGUGGUGUCCCUGCAGAGAGACGGACCGGCGGAGAGACAGACGGCUACACAGGCGGACACUGGAGAGCUGGAUGAGGCUCUGAGGCAGAACUGUGCUCAGCUGGGAGACUGUUUCAGCAGGGGCAGUCAGAAGGAUUGUCACCUGGCUCUGCCGUACUACAGGAUGUCAGGUCUGCCAGUCACGGAUGUCAUCGCUAGGAACCGCCCAUUCCCCUGCAGCCCUCACUCGUACGGCCCUGGCUUCCUAUUUUACCUGAAGCAUUACCUGUUAGAGGAAACCGAGCAGAGCCUCAGUCAGGAAGCAGCUGAUGAGGUCAUGGACAUUUUCAGCCAAUCAGAGCCCUCGGAACUCGUCAGCGUAUGUGCAAGCCCGCCCAUGACAAACAUCAGUCCUGCCCGGACGCUGCGCAUCUUACAAAACCUGGAGGACACAGCCGGCGUGUCGGUCCCACUCACCAUCACCAUGGCAACCAUGAUGCUGCUCAUGGACGACCUGACGCAGUACACGCAGCUGAUGGAAAGACACGCAGAGAUGCUGCUGGUGUACAGCUUCAUCGAGGAGCCAAGGAUGUUGGUUCACGGCGGGGUCGGAGGUCAGCACACACCCAUCCGAGUCACAGCUUUGACUCGCCAGCUGGCAAAGUCCAACCCAGGGCUGCUGGUGGCUGCUAUGGUGGCUCUUCAUGAAAACAACAAAGUUCAGCUGGAACAGGCGGAUCACAUAUUCAAGGAGCUGGGCUGUGAGAACAGCUUAGAGGUGGAUUUCUGGGAGGCGAUGCUCAUGGCCUCCUCACAGGACGCUGUCAUCCAGGAGCUUCUGUUCAGAGUGGCGUCUGUGUACAUCGACCGGCUGACUAACACACACUCGGAACCUGAUCCAGAGCCUGCACACAAUCUCUCUAGUCAAAAGCCGCUGAAGAGCGCUGAUGAUCUGAUCAACUCGUGCUCUCAUUAUGGCGCUCUGUAUCCAUGGCUCACUGUGCUCAGUCCAGUUCACACUACCAGCUUCCAACACCAGGAGGCGCUGCACAAACUGCAGUCUCUCCUGUGCGGUCCGUCUCUCUCUGUCGGCUCUGUCGUUCCACUGUUGGAGCGUCUGUCCGAGGAAACCCUGUGGGGCUUCAGCCUGCACCUCCUCUGUGCCACCAGAAGGGGGCAGUACGGCAGCAGCAUUGAAAAGCUGCUGGACCGAUGUCCUCAGGCCAUCAUAGCAUACGCCAACCACCAGUUGCAAGACAAGAAUAUGGUGUUGUGGUGGCAGAAGCUGCUCCCGGAGCUUUGCAACAGGACCAGAGCUUCUGCAGACAACAGCAUCCUAUUGGCUGCUCUCAAAGAGACGCUGGUUGUGGUUGCCAUGGAGAUGAGCCCUGCAGAGUUCCUGGAGCUGAUACCUGAUGAUGGUACCGCCUCUUACUUCCUGCCUCACCUGUUGACAUGCAGCCAGAGGCACCUGCUGGCCUGACACGCGGACUAUUCAUCCACACACACAUACUGCACGCUCACACAUUGAUGACCAUGUGAAGUGCACAGUUAACCAAACAACAUUAUUUAAUUCAUAAUUUUGCAAUACAAAACAUACAUCUGUGCAAAAAAUGUCCAGAGAAAGUACAAAGUCAAGGCCUCUGUCGGUCAAAAGGAUAAGCAUGUAAACCUUCUGUUAUGGUUACACUCUUACUGAAAUAAACAUUUGUAUUUU